AUGGCAUUCGCUCUUCAGCAACUCCUUCGAUUCAUUCUUUUCAGCCUAUUGCAUGCUAUUCAACCGUUGCUCGCCUACGGCAAAACCAAUUUACUCGCUGAGAAUCACUAUGCGAGAGGAAAUUCAUCAUCAUUUGCUGGCAAUGUCUCAGCGUCGGCCGAGAAUAUUGUUGCUCGAUUCCAAAUGGCCAUGGCUGUUGCCAACCAAGCCAUCCUCGCGGCCCCCAAGGAGAAUUCGCCUCAGAUUCUAAACUUGACAACGGCUCGCUUAGCAAGGGCAGAGCCGUUGGACUACUCGGGAAACUUCCAACAGCAUGCCAAUGGCACUUUUUAUCGCAGGGACAGCAUCCACGGCAACGGGACUAUUGCCACCUCGAACAGACAGUCCUACACAGUUCCUUCUGAGGUGGUCGAGGCGGCGCGCAUCUUGGCCGAAAAAAAUCCACCACCCGCUGCUGAUUACCCUCUUCUUCUUGCCGAGGUCCGCGCGAGGCUGGCACGGCGCAACACCCACUUCAAUGACACCAACGUGAUGCCGCAAAAGACGCAGCGUUCUUCUGGUCUCGGCGGAUACGUAUCCCCAGACGAGCUUGCUAUUACGAUCCAAAACGGCACACAGGUGGCUGGCCCCGAGCAUCCAGACCAGGGCCUGAAUCGUACCCAGUUUGUAAAUGGUGAUGGUGCCAAACUUGCCAAACGAGCGGCCGAGACUUUCUGGAUGGAGACAAUGACACAGCGCGGAACCGCGCCAUAUGCAGGCGCCGACUACAAAGUAUGGCGCAACGUCAAAGACUAUGGCGCGAUCGGAGACGGCAUCCACGACGACACGGCCGCCAUCAACAAGGCUAUCUCGGAUGGCGACCGAUGUGGGGCCGGAUGCCCCGCCAGCACCCGGUUUCCCGCCACCGUCUACUUCCCCGCCGGCACGUAUCUGGUCAGCAGUCCCGUUAUUCAGUUUUAUAACACCGAGAUGCUCGGCGACCCAUUCAGCCCACCUGUAAUACGGGCAUCGGCAAGCUUCGUUGGCCUGGGCGUCAUCACCUCCGAUGUCUAUGUCGGCGACAAUGUGACGUGGUAUCUGAACCAGAACAACUUUCUCCGCAGCGUGCGCAACUUUGUCAUUGACGUCCGCGCCACGCCGCAGGGAGCCUAUGUGUGCGGCAUCCAUUGGCAGGUAGCCCAGGGCACGUCGCUGGAAAACAUUGCCUUCAUCUCGACCAAGCCGGCUGACGACGAGUCCACCACGCAGCAGGGCAUCUACAUGGAGAACGGCAGGGGCGGCUUCAUGAGCAACCUCGUCUUUGUGGGUGGCAACUUUGGCGCAUACUUUGGCAACCAGCAGUUCACCACCAGCGGCCUGCUUUUUGAUAGCUGUCGCACGGGGCUGCAAAUUCACUGGGACUGGGGAUGGACUAUGCAGGACACCGAGUUCUACAACUGCCGCAAGGGCAUCGUCACGGUCGGCGGCGCCGGCGGGCCCUUCAGUACCGGCCAGGGCGUCGGCUCUCUGUCUCUUGUCGAUGUGCACAUGUGGGGUGUGCCUGUUGCCAUCGAGACGUCCCUCUUUUCCGAAAACUCAACGGCGCUAUACAUCAGCAACGGCGGGUUUCAGAACUGCGGCACCAUCGUUAUCGACUCGCGUGCAAACCGCGUGCUCUACCCUGGCAACGCGGCCGGUAAGACGAAUGUCUUGUCCUGGGGCUUUGGCAAAAUGGCCGACCCAAGCGGCGAAACGGGCUUCAGGGAUGGCGCCGAUGUGUUGACGCCAGACGCGUAUCCCGCGUCGCUCCUCGUCUCCGAUGACAAGCAUCCACGCGCCAAGUUCUUCCAUCGCACGCGGCCCAGCUAUGCGGACCCGGGCAACAGCCAGAUCUUCAAUGUCAAGGAUUAUGGAGCCAAGGGCGAUGGCUCCGCCGACGACACAGCUGCUCUAAACCAUAUUCUCGACGUUGCCGCCAACGUUUCGGGUAUCGUAUACUUCCCCCACGGCGUCUACAUCAUCAAAGAUACGCUCGAUGUGCCCGUGGGCUCGCGCAUCAUUGGUCAAGCCUGGCCGCAAAUCAUGGCUACCGGCGACAAGUUUGAUGACAUGGCUAACCCGCGGGCCGCUGUGCGUGUAGGUGCUGUCGGGUCCGUUGGCGUCAUGGAGAUCCAAUGCAUGUUGUUUACCGUCCGGGGCCCUACGGCCGGUGCCAUCCUCGUCGAGUGGAACGUCCACGAGAGCACGCAGGGCUCGGCCGGUCUCUGGGACUCUCACUUUCGAGUGGGUGGUGCCAAGGGCAGUGAUCUGCAAAAGGCCGAGUGCCCCAAGACGGCGCAGAACACGGGCUGCAUGGCCGCAUCCAUGUUGAUGCACAUGACGGAAAAGUCAUCGGGGUAUCUCGAAAACGUGUGGAUGUGGGUUGCUGACCACGACAUGGAGGAUGCUGAUCAAGUCCAGAUCAACGUGUUUGCAGCACGGGGCAUCCUUAUAGAGUCCAGGGGUCCAACAUGGCUUUGGGGCACCGCCGUCGAGCAUGCCGUCCUAUACCAGUAUCAGCUCUCCGGGGCCCAGAACGUGGUUAUGGGCCUGAUACAAACUGAAGCUCCCUACUUUCAGCUGCACCCCAAGGCACCGGCCCUCUUUAAAAGUAGCCUCGUGUUCAGAGACGAUCCUACAUUUGCCGACUGCGUGGCCAGCCCCAGCUCCGCCGCGUGCAACAUGACCUGGUCACUACGCAUAAUAGAGUCGACAGACAUUUACGCCAUCAGCGCUGGACUCAAUACUUGGUUCCAAGACUACUCGCAGAACUGCAUCAACAGCGGGGCUAACGACUGCCAGCUGAGCGCGUUUUAUGUCGAGCAGAGCUACCGUGUCUGGGUCUACACCCUUAUCACCACUGGCGCUGUCCAGAUGGCCGAGCCGCUCAAUGGAAAGCCUGUCAUGGCCAGGAAUAACCGCAACGGCUUCGCGUCGUCCAUUGUGGCCUGGCUCGCCGGCCCAAAUCAGACCGUCGGCGUCAGGAACGAGACGGGUUACACGCUCUACACCCGCGACGACCUAGCCAGCCAGAGCUUCUCCGAGUUGUGUAAGACGGCUCUGACGGCCACCAUUGUCUGCCCCGACUUGAUGAUGCAGUGGACCUCGCCGGCCUACCGCGGCUCAUUGGCCAACGCAACUCUCCAAAGCCAGAUAUGCAGUAUAGGCUGUCGCGAUUCGCUAGCGUCGUGGUACCAGGGCGUCGCCGCCCGCUGCGCCGACUACCGAUGGAGCUCUGGUGCACCCUUGGAAAUGGCGGGCGGCUACACUUGGUACGGAUAUAACGAGAGCUGCCAGGUUGAUGCUAGUACCGGCCAGUACUGCAACGACGUUAUCGGUGCCUUCAGUGACUCGGAGACGCUAGCCAAUAUGCCCGAUGGCGAGCUAUGCUCAGCAUGCUUCGUUGGCCGGGUGCAGAUGAUGCAGAAAAGCACCUACUCCAUCUUUAACACAGUCCCCUGGUACCAGCAGGCUCUCCAGGUCAUCCAGACACGGUGCAACGUGCAGGGACCGACAAAUGUCCCCUCACCACUGAUUGAGGUCCCCGUGCCGGGAUCCUUCUGCAUUUCAGACAAGUACUACAGCACCAAGUCCGGCGAUACGUGCAACUCCAUUGCCCUGGCAAACGGCGUUUCAUCCGCCGACGUAUUCUACGCGACUGAGGCUGCCGGGGCCGUUGGCGGCUGCAGCAACCUCCCUGUCAACUUGACAUUCUGCCUGCCGCUGAAAUGCACAACGUACCUACUCAAGGCUACCGACAAUUGCUUUACCGCUUCAUCCAGCGCAGGUGUCGACGAUAUCACAAAGUACAACACAUGGAUCGACCCGAGCUGUGAUAACCUCCACGAGGCCAAUGCCACAAUGGGUUCCGUGCUCUGCACCUCGCCCCUCAGCGGCACCUACAUUCCCGGCAUGGCUACUAAUACCUCCCGUAUCCCUGGAGGAGGAAUGGCUAACUAUAGCUCUGUUGCCGUGGAGCCUCCCGCGGGUGCCACAGUUGCACCUGAGACGCAUCUGAGCUGCGGCCGCUGGCUUGUUGCCCAGGCAGGCGAUACGUGCGCCUUUAUCACCAUGUCAUAUUCCAUUGGCCUGUCCCUUUUUGCUAGCAUGAACCCCUCCAUCAGCGCUACGGUCUCGGGCGACUGCUCGGCCUCUAUCGUCCCGGGCUAUGCGUACUGCGUAGCGCCUGUUUGGAAUCCCUCCUACUUUCAGUCUUUUAAUCGCACCUAUACCACCAAGCCCUUCGGGUGCUGGUCUAACCUCGACACGAAAUCGCGGCCUCUGACCGGCCCGAUCUGGACUCGCCACGACGUGACCCUCGAUAUCUGCGCCAAAGCUUGCUUCCUUGACGGCUACUCCAUGACUGGCCUCAAAGGCGCCGAUACCUGUCUGUGCGGCGAAAAAGUGGCCAUGAACUCUGUCCAGCUCUCCAACUCAGACUGCACUGCCGACCAAGACGAAGCUUUCUCUCUUUACGGUCUAUCGGACAGUGUAACCCUCACUUUCCAAUUCAGGGACGUCGGAUGUUUCUCCAACUCGGCCCUCAUCACAGGAUCCGCCCCCAGCAUCACUUGGCCGACCAACAAUACCGUCAGCGACUGCUCGUAUUUCUGCCUCCCCGCGUAUCCCUAUUUCGGUCUCACCAACGGCGAUAGCUGUCGCUGCGGCGCCGAUGUCACCAUUACCUCGAACAAGGACAUCGAUAACCUCAUCAACAUCGUCUUCGUCGGUGGCGGCAUCGGCAUCGACUGCGCCAGACCCCGUAGGAUUUAA